ACCUCGGAUACACUUGGGAAAGCUAGCUAUCAGCAUUGAGAAAAUGAAGCCCUCAAGAUGCUCUGUGGUCGGCUGCACAAGUCAGCACAGAUCUGUACAUAAUGUCCCAGCCUCAGAAGAGACAAGAGUGAAAUGGAUUGAAUUCAUAUUUAAUGGUAAUGUUCCGGAAAGAAUUGGCAAAAGUCUGUUGGUGUGCGCAAGCCAUUUUGAAUUGGACUGUUUUACCAAUUUGGGCCAAUAUAACGCUGGACUGGCAACAAGAUUGACCUUGCAAGCGGGAUCGGUACCAUCUAUUCGUCGCAGUACAGACGAGGCAAUUGUAAGUAUCUUUCAAAAAAAAUAUUUUGACCGUUUAGUCAAUAGUGUGGGCGGUUAGCGACGUUGCCAAUGUUAGAGGGCUUGGGGGAUGUUAGAUAGCAUGUUGCGUUUUGGGGAAAUGUGUACUUGUAUCUAAUUUUCUCUAACAAUAACUUUACCAUUAGCGUGUAAGAUCUAGCCUCGGGGCUGGCUGGUGUAUAUAGCUCUUGCAGUUUAUUCGCUAAAGAUGUGUGGCCAAUAUGAUUUUCUCUGUUGGCUAUGUGAUUCCUUAGGCUAGUCAUGUGCCUUGCACAGCAGUUCGUUUGAUGUAAUUCCUGUGAGAAUUUACGUUUGCAUGGGUAUAUAGUGCCUACCGCAAACAACACGAUUACUGUGCACUAGUUUGGUAGUUGAAGGUUUUCGAGAUUAAUUGUUGACACAAAAUAACCUGACAGUGAAAGGAUAGGCUUUGUGUAAAAGUUAGCGACAUUAGCAUGUUGUACUGUGUAGGAGCCAACAUGUGGCUAACGCAUUUUUGUGUGAACGGUUAAGCUAGCCUAUUUGAUUAAUGCUUACUUAUACAGUAGAUAGUUCGUUUGGAUAUCUAUGGAGUGGAAUUUGUGUCGAAGUAUAUAUUGUCUUUAUGAGAAAUAGUUCUCUCAUCCAAAAAAAAAUUCCUUGUGAAAGGGCUUUGUAUUGGGGUGGGGAGAGGUGUUAAUAGUCCGCCUGCAUAUAUGAUUCAAGGCAAUUAGCCCUCCUGUUGACACCUUUCGGGUUUCGACACAACAAUGAUAGGGUCAUACAUGUUAAAUGGGAAUUUAUUUGUUCAUGAACGACGUGAUUAGCAGCUAAGAGACUCACCUGCAUUUACCAAAACAUGAAUAACAUUGCUGCUUUGUUGUUUAGGAAAGCACAUCUAGGGUACGUCAUGUCGCCUGCCAAACGGAUUCACCAAAGAUGUGCACAGUUGGCACGCAGCUUUCUGUGAAAACACUGCGACCUCACUACAAAAGUACAGGCACAGAAAACUGUGCCCUGCACUGAUGUCGGUGUUGGAACCUCAGCUGUGGCCUUCAAAGCAUCACAGCCAUUCCUAACGUCGACACCAGUAAAGAGGCCAAGUAAGAGACCUCGCUUGGAGGAGGAAGAGGACAACCCUUUUGAGGGAAGUUCAAGUAUGGAUUUCGGAGAACCACAGGAUUCUAGCUAUGAUCCCGAUGACUCAGUCACAGUCUUGACUGAAUCAGCAGAUGAGACAAUGGAAUCUUCCAACCCUGUUCAUAAGACACCCACAUAUAUUGUCUAUGAAAACUGCCUCCUGGAGCUGUUUGAGGUGUGCCCUGUGUGUCGGCGGGUGACAGAUGUGCAAACAAGAAGGGUUGGGACAUUCCUCUCUGUAGAACAGAAGUGCCCACACUGUCAGUUCUACAGAAAAUGGAAUAGUCAGCCUCUUCUUGGUAGCACUCCUGUUGGGAACAUCCAACUGUCAGCUGCAGUGUAUGCCACUGGUGCAUCUUUCUUCAAACUGGAGAAGAUAUUCCGGGCAAUGCAGUUGAGGAUGUUUCAGUAUGACACAUUUCGAAGGCACGCCCGGAUGUACAUAGAGCCUGCAAUCGUACACAGCUGGAAAACAGCGCAGGAUGGCAUGUUGGACCAGUUAUGCCAGCGACAGAAAGUCAUUCUAGGUGGUGACUUGAGGGCUGACUCACCAGGACAUUGUGCCAAGUUUGGCAGUUACACGGUGAUGGACCUGACGAACAACACUAUUAUUGAUCUUCAGCUGGUUCAGAGCAAUGAAGUCGGAGGGAGUUACCACAUGGAGAAAGAGGGUCUGAAAAGGAGCCUCGCUCUCUUGGAGGCACGAGGUGUGACAUUGGAUAGCAUUGUCACAGACCGCCACCCUCAAAUCCAGAAAUUCCUGAGGGAGGCCAACAUCACACACUACUACGAUGUUUGGCACAUGGAAAAAGGACUGUCGAAGAAACUUGUCAAGAUUGCCCAGAACAAAGAAUGUGAGAAACUGAAGAAGUGGCUCCCCAGCAUAAAAAACCACAUCUACUGGACAGCCGCUACAUCAACAUCAGGGCCAGAGAGAGUGGCAAAGUGGACCUCCCUCCUUAACCAUGUCCAAGACAUCCACUCCCAUGAUGACCCUGUUUUCCCCCAGUGUUUGCAUCCGCUACGCAUUUCAAGGGACAAGAGCAAAUGGUUGACGGCAGGGACACCAGCCUUCAGCAGAUUAGAGAAGGUGUUGACCAACAAGAGGGUUCUGAAAGAUGUGGGGAAGCUGAGCCCUCACUACCAGACCUCGUCGUUGGAGUCUUUCCACAGCGUCAUUCUGCGUUUUGCGCCCAAAAACGUAGUCUUUCCUUUUCUUGGAAUGUUAUGCAGACUCUACCUGGCAGUCCUGCAUUUCAAUGAAAAUGCUGGGCGUCCCCAAGCAACAAGUUCAGCUGGUGAGCCGCUAUUUAAAGUGAACUUCCCAAAAUACAAGAAGGGCGAGUGCACUGCAAAGCCGGUGAAAGCAGAGCCAACCUUCCAGUACGUGGAUAACCUGUUGGACCUCAUCUUUCACAAGGUUUUUCAGGACCCGGCCCCAUAUGUGAAUGAGGUGCUGAAGAUCCCAAUACCCGCGGAUCUCUCUGCCCAGUUUGAGAAACCUGACAAGCGGGAAGUUGUAGCCAGCUAUGUGUCAAGGUUCAAUCGAGGGCAGGUCUGAACCCCGUAUACCUUCCUUGAGCAUCAGGGAACACUCUUCGUAUCUGGAGCACAACGCAGGACGGCAGGACCACCCUGAUUCUCCGGCCCAGAUAGCCCCAACACCAGCUAACAAAGCUUCUGUACGCCAAAUACCUGUAACGUCUAAGCAAAGUUUACAUUGUAUAAGAGAAUAAAAGGUGAUACACAUAUAUAAAUUAUUCCUUUGUUUACAGUAUGGCUACA